CACUAUUGUCGCCUCGUCCCUAAUGUCUAUUCCUUUGUCAUUCACGCUGUGAUCUUAUUAAUCCGUGGGCCUACUUCUCGCGGAAUCCGCCAAGUUGUUUUCCCGACUUCUUAACUUUGCUUCCUUCAGGACAAUGCCCCCGCCGGUUCCUGACAUUUCCGAUGACGAGUCGUCGAGUGGCGAGUCGAUUCCCUAUAACGAUGCUCGGUCAACAAAGAAUGCCUCUAAGGAUGACGAUGAGGACGAGGACGAGGACGAGGAAGAAGAGGAUGUAUACGCUGUUGAAAAGAUUAUGAAUCAUGAAUGGGCCAAGAAGGGCGACCUCCUUUUACAAGUCAAGUGGCAGGGCUACGAUGACCCCGCUGACAUGACAUGGGAGCCAGAAGAGAAUCUAUUAGAAGGCGCGAAGGAUAUAGUCGAGGAGUACUUUCGAGUCCUGGGGGGCCGUCCUGAAAAGCCACAACCGCAGACAAAGAAGCGCAAGUCGAUGGGAAGACCUCCGAAGUCCGCCCCCGAGAAAACCCCCGAGCCCAAGAGACGCCGCAAGUCACGGGCUGAAACAACAACAGAGUCACCAGAAAAAGAGCAGGCCGAUGAAGGUGAAAGCGACGACACAUCCACGUGGGUUCCCUCAUCUCGCAAUUGGGAGAAAGAGGUCGACACCGUGGAAACAAUCAUACGGCAACCGGGAACGUCAAAUCUGCUUGCGUUUAUCAGCUGGAAGAAUGGUAGAAAAUCAAAGGUCAACAUAGAGAUGUGCUACGACAAGUGCCCGAAGAAGAUGCUUCAAUUCUAUGAAUCACAUCUGGUCUUUAAGGAGGGCUGAAUAAUCCAUUCGUUGAGGUUCGGGUUCUUUAUCUAUCAUCGUCCAAUUUACGACAGGCGCAAUUGCAAAGUAGUCCUGAAGGAGCAAGCAUAUAGGGUGUUUUUGAAGUUUCAACUACUGGUUCAAGAUAACCUAAGUGUAAGACAGUGGCCUGGGCUAGUCUCGACAUGGACCCCCAUAGAGUUCUCCAGCUUGAAGAGAACCAACACCGGCAUACAACGGAACUGGGCCAGCUGCACCAGGUCUUCGCGAACUCAUUCGCACUACUGCUCUUUGGGUAUCAUGUGAUUUCCGGAUUUUUGUUUUUGUGUCUCUUUUGAGCGUUUCAGGAUCCAUGUACAUUAUUAUUUAUUAGUUCGCAGUUCCG